AUGAACUUCGAGGUGGAUCGUUACUCAUCUGCUUGGGCACAUAUCGCCCUUUGUGCGGAUCUCACAUGGGCAACUGAACCGCCAGAUGAAUUUAUCAUAGCAAAUCAGCGCCUUUGGGCACAGCAUUGUCGUGUUUCACAAGUUCUCCAAGAUACGUCUGUAGAGUCAUCGCAAAAUCAAUGCGACCUAUCAGAUUCUCAGACACCCUCGAACCAAGAAAAUGGGCACUGUUUUCGAAAAAGUGUAAAGGAUGUUAUACCAGAGUCCAAAUUAGCUCAAUGUUAUGGAAACUUUUAUUAUGACGAAGUCAGAGAAAAUUACUACAAGAUUGCUAAUGAAAAAAAUUCUGGACGCAUUUAUACUGCUCAAGGAUGUGAAAAUUCUGACCUAACAGAAUGUUGGAUGUUGCCAGAGGUGGAAUAUUGGUUUCGGAAGCUGAUGGACGAUUCCGCUGAUCGUAUGACGUUGCCCCGUCGACGAAGGCAAUAUAGAAUGCCCGUAGAGGAUGAUUUCGGGCGCUGUGGCCCCAGCGGGGCGGCGGCGGCGGCGGCGGGCGAGCAGGCUCUGUUGGAGGCCCGCGUGCGCAGCGUCCGACAGCUAUGGGAAGUUCCUCAGAGCCGUCAGCAACCUCCCAGAGCCCCCAGCCCACCCCCCCAAUCGCGAAAGAUGCGCGCGAGGCGGAGGCAGCCGCGCCGCUUGAACGCCUUCACACCACCACCGCCCGCGUACUGCCUCGAUGGUCCACCCCAGCUCUGCUGUGAUCCGGCUUGCAAAUUUCAGUUUGACACGCCAAGACCACCGCAUUUAACAGAGUGCCAACGGGCUUUGGGAAGAUUGUCUGCUAGCGUUCAAGCUAUAAUGCGGGCUAACGCUGCACGGUGUCCAUUGUAUCGAGGCACGAACGUGAGUCGCUACAUACCAACCGGUCAAAGACCAUUACGGUGUCCUGAUCGGCGUUAUGGGAUUUGGUGGCCGAGGGAUCACCCCGCCGCGAAAAUCGAAAGUCGUCUGCAACCAGCCCAAAGUUUCAGUGCUUCAGACUGUGGAAGCUCCGAAUUAGCUAAGGUUACUAUUGAUAACACGGAAAAAGUAGAAGAUGAGGAACACAGUGAAAAAAACCCGUUUAAGCUUGAAGUGAAAGAGUCGGGGUCACCAAUAAAUCAUGAAAUAGAUGAAUCGGAUAAUUUUACAGCAAGCCAAAAAGAAAAAAUUAUCGACGAUGGUCAAGCUCCUACUACUUCGGCCGCUUUGGAUGCUGGAUUCAGGAAAAAAAGACUCUAUAGCACCGUUUUAAGCACAAGCGCUCCUUCUCCAAUCGCUCUGUCACCGUCAGGUUGUGUUAGGCUAUCUCAAAAGUUGGCAACACCUGGCCUUAUCAAGUUAAAUCCUAAAGUCGUUCUUCCGACUAGGAUUCGCCCAGCAAAUGUGGAGGUUAAAUUCGAAGAAUUAGAAAAAGAGGCGCUAGAGCAAUAUAAAGCAUCCGACGAAAGUAUAGACAUGAAAUUUCAAGAACUAGAAAAGCAAGCGGUCGAACAGUACAGCACAAGCAAUAGCAAUACUAGUUGCAGUAGUGGUAAUUCUACGGAGAAAAGAAAUUCUAGCAGUUCAACUACACCCGAGAUAAAUCAUAAAUCACGGAAACAAAUGUCAAAAUUUCACAAAGACACAUCGUUAGACAGUGUUGUUAUAUACUCGCAAAAUUUUCCUGACAUGAACACUAAAAGCCGUACAAAUAUUACAAGCAAUUUAAAAAACUCCCACAACCCCCCGAGGGGGGAAAAAAAGGAAAGCUGUAGAUCAAGUAAAAACUCGCGAAGCUUUAAGAAUGACUGUCAGAGAGCAGCGUCUGAUACUGACUAUGAAGCAAAACCAAGCCAUAAAGGAAGUCAUAAAGGGCCAUUGAGAUGGACUUUACAUGUGAUGCCACCUAAGAAAAGACAUUUGACCGUAUGUGUAUCGGACUUCUCGUCCGAUGAAGAUAUUGAAGAAAAUGGUUCCAUUAGAGAUGCUGGGCCUUGCUUUAAAAAUCAUAUUACCGGUAAAGUAAAAAUGUCUGCUCAUGGUGGUGGUGACUUAAAUCCCAUAAUUAGGAAAACA